AUGGCGGAGGUUGUAUCAAUGGAUGAUAUACGCGCCACCGCUGGUCGCCUCAACAUCGACAUCUCCUCCAUAGAUCUUGAUUCCAUUCGUCUCCCCCCUGGCGAAGACUUUGGGGUUAUCAGUGAUGAUGAGGAUUUAAAAGGGGAGGAACAGUUGGAGUUCGAGGCGGGGUUCGGGAACAUAAUUGUCGUGGACAAUUUGCCAGUUGUGCCAAAGGAGAAGUUUGAGAAAUUGGAAGGUGUAAUCCGGAAAAUCUACAGCCAAAUAGGGGUUAUUAAGGAGGAUGGCCUAUGGAUGCCAAUGGAUCCUGAGACUCAGAAAACCCUUGGAUAUUGUUUCAUCGAGUAUAACACCCCUCAAGAAGCUGAACUGGCCAAGGAAAAGACAAAUGGAUACAAAUUAGACAGAUCACACAUAUUUGCUGUUAACAUGUUUGAUGAUAUUGAGAAGUUCAUGAAAGUUCCAGAUGAGUGGGCACCUCCUGAAACCAAGCCUUAUACUCCUGGGGAGAAUCUGCAAAAAUGGCUUACUGAUGAAAAAGCUCGAGAUCAGUUUGUGAUUCGUGCUGGUUCGGAUACUGAAGUUUUAUGGAAUGAUGCAAGACAGUCGAAGCCCGAGCUUGUUUACAAACGUUCAUUCUGGACCGAAAGUUUUGUGCAGUGGUCCCCACUAGGGACUUACCUGGCCACUGUGCAUAGACAGGGUGCUGCAGUUUGGGGUGGUGCAAUCACUUUUAACCGUCUGAUGCGCUACGCUCACCCCCAGGUGAAAUUGAUCGACUUUUCUCCUGGCGAAAAAUUUUUGGUGACUUACAGCAGCCAUGAACCAAGUAACCCACGUGAUACUCAUAGGGUUGUGAUAAACAUUUUCGAUGUUAGAACUGGAAAAGUCAUGAGAGAUUUCAAAGGCAGUGCAGAUGAAUUUGCAAUUGGAGGAACUGGAGGUGUUAGUGGCGUAUCCUGGCCUGUGUUCAAAUGGAGUGGUGGAAAAGAUGACAAGUACUUCGCCAGAAUAGGAAAAAAUGUCAUUUCUGUGUAUGAAACUGAGACUUUUACUCUCAUCGACAAGAAAUCUAUCAAGGCUGAGAAUGUUAUGGACUUCAGCUGGUCACCUACCGAUCCAAUUCUUGCUCUCUUUGCUCCGGAACUUGGUGGAGGGAAUCAACCUGCCAAAGUGAGUCUUGUGCAAAUCCCGAGCAAAAAAGAGUUGAGGCAGAAGAAUCUCUUCAGUGUGAGCGAUUGUAAACUGUACUGGCAAAGCAGUGGGGAUUACCUUGCUGUUAAAGUUGAUCGGUACACUAAAACAAAGAAAAGCACUUAUACUGGUUUUGAGCUUUUCAGAAUCAAAGAGCGAGAUAUUCCUAUUGAAGUUUUGGAGCUCGAAAAUAAGAACGAUAAGAUUAUAUCAUUUGCUUGGGAGCCAAAGGGCCACAGGUUUGCGGUUAUUCACGGUGAUAGCCCAAGGCCUGAUGUAAGUUUCUACUCGAUGCGCAGUGGUACUAAUACUGGCCGGGUCUCAAAGCUCACAACUGUUAAGGGCAAGCAGGCGAAUGCACUUUAUUGGUCACCAGCUGGUCGCUUUAUUAUAUUGGCGGGGUUGAAAGGUUUCAAUGGACAAUUGGAGUUCUACAAUGUUGAUGAGCUUGAAACCAUGGCGACAGCCGAGCAUUUCAUGGCAACAGACGUUGAAUGGGAUCCCACGGGAAGGUAUGUUGUCACGUCAGUUAUCUCAGUUCAUGAGAUGGAAAAUGGUUUCAAUGUCUGGUCUUUCAAUGGCAAGCUGCUAUAUCGAAUAUUGAAGGACCAUUUCUUCCAAUUUUUGUGGCGCCCAAGACCCCCAUCCUUCUUGAGCCCUGAGAAAGAAGAAGAAAUUGCUAAAAACUUGAAGAAAUACAGCAAGAAGUAUGAAGCGGAGGAUCAAGAUGUUUCAUUGCAAUUGAGUGAGCAGGAUAGAGAGAAGAGAAAGAUGUUGAAAGAAGAGUGGGAUAGGUGGGUCAGUGAAUGGAAGCGUUUGCAUGAAGAACAGAAAGUGGAGAGGCAAACACUACGUGAUGGUGAAGCAAGUGACGAGGAAGAGGAAUACGAAGCAAAAGAAGUUGAGGUUGAGGAGUUAUUGGAUGUUUCUGAAGAGGUUAUUUCCUUCGACUAA